AGAUAAUGAAGAAGUUCGAAUUACAAGAAUGUGUUAGUUUCUUAAUCUAUAAUUAGAUUUUUAUAUCUAGAAAGGAAGAUGCAUUGGAGAGGGGAUUUUUCUUUCUUAGUUAAAAUAGGUAAUAUACUGAGAAUAUGAAGUGAAUUGAGAAAAACAAGAACAAGAUGUAAGAUAAUUAAGUUUUUCUUGUUUUAUGUUUGGAGAAAAAAAGACAAAAAAAAUUUCAUUGGACUAAUCGAUAUAUUAAUUCAUGAUUUAAUAGAAUAUCGAUAAAUAUCUUUUCAUUCUUAAUUUAAGAUUUUGAUUCAAGCUUUGAUUAUAAAAUCGUUUUUUAUUAAGUAACAUUUUGCGUUUAUAUGAAAAUUUCAAGCACAAAGUCAGAUAUGAUCGAAGAUUUAUCAUUUUACCACAAAUAAUAAUAUGACUUUAUAGACAUAUUUAAAUUUCACUUCGAAAUACAAAUACUGAAAAUCAAAGAUUGGGUUAUAUAACAUUUUUCUUAUGAAAUAAUAAAGGAAAAAAAGAUAAAUAUAUCCUCAAACUAUCAUAAAUGGUAUGCAGAUACCCUCUAUCAUAUUUUUGAGAUAUUGGUGCCCCUGUCGUCCAAAACUAGAGCAUAUAUCUCAUUCGAUCUAAUAGAAUAAACAGGGACACGUUGCGCAGUUUUUAGACUUUGGACACAAAUAUCCCAAAAGCACGACUAAAGAUAUAUACACACCAUUUACGAUAGUUCAGGAGUAUAUAUAUCUUUUUUGCCAAUAAUAAAUAAUCAUUAGAAAUGUAUUUAUUACAAAACAAAAAAAAUAAUAUUUUUUAACUAUUUUUAAUCUAUUGCCAAAUGUUAAUUCCCCAUAAAUUCCACUUAUGACUCGGUCACAUACAUACGUAACUCCAUCCACAACUCCAAAAAAUAAAAAAAUAAAAAGCAUAACGCGAUAAAUAUUGCGAAUUUCCUCAAACAACUUGUAGUAUUUAAUCAAACUCGUAUGUAAUUACUUAACAUGUUAAAACAAAAAUAGUUUAAUCAUUAUGAUUAAUUUAAUCAAAGUUCGAGAAAAACAAAAAGAAGCAGCUGAAAAUGCAGGAUCAAAAACACCAAUUAAAGAACAAACAGCCUCAAAAUUACGUGUCCAUAGAGAUAUUAGUGAAUUAACCUUACCAUCAAUUUGUACAAUUGAAUUUCCAAAUGGUAAAGAUGAUCUUAUGAAUUUUGAAGUUUCAAUUAAACCUGAUGAAGGUUAUUAUCAUGAUGGUGAAUUUCCAUUUAAAUUUGAAAUUCCAAUACUUUAUCCACAUGAUGCACCAAAAGUUAAGUGCAAAAUCAAAGUUUAUCAUCCAAAUAUUGAUUAUGAUGGUAAUGUUUGUCUUAAUAUUCUUAGAGAAGAUUGGAAACCUAUUUUAAAUAUUAAUGCUGUGAUUUAUGGUUUAAUUCAUUUGUUUACUGAACCUAAUUAUGAAGAUCCACUUAAUCAUGAAGCAGCUGAUGAAUUAAGAGAUAAUCCAAAGAUGUUUGAUUCAAACGUUAGGAGGACGAUGUGGGGAGGACAUAUGCAUGAUGUGUAUUUUGAUCGCGUUUUAUAGAAUUCGGAGCCUAAAGGGUAUAAAAUAUUAAUAAAAAUUCUAAAACAGCAUAUAACAUUUUGUAUCAACCAAAACGGUAAAAUACAACAGCAAUCUCUUCCAUCAAAAUCGCUGCUGUAGCGAUUAUGCAAAAAAAAUGUAAUUUUUUAUUAAAAAAUUAAAAUAUUUUUAU